AUGCUACAACCACAGCCGAGACCCUAUGCCGGAAGGAUGCCCGUGCGCAGCCUGGGCGCAGCUGGCAGUGCAGGAUCUGCCACUGCGCCGUACUCGAAAGAGCUGCGCUUGCUGUUGCACGUCUUGCAUACAGCAACUGCUGGGAGCCCGUCAUCGGUGUGCGAAAACAUCGAGGGCUUCGGCAGCCAUUUGCUGGGCCAGUCGCGAUCCUGGCUGAAAUUGGCCGGAGGCAACAAGGCUCCAAUUUUGACUUGUGCAUCACAAGCCGCACCACCGCAGACCUCUGUGCUGGAGGUCGGCACAUACUGCGGCUAUUCCUCGUUGCGGCUGGCUCUCGCUGUCCCUGGGGCGAAGAUCGCCACGGCGGACGUCGAUCCAGCGCACGUGCUCAUUGCCCGAAACGUUUUGGCCUUCGCAG